GCAGAGGACGGCGGAGCGGGCCGGACACGGACAGCUCCGUCGCUCCUUCCUUCGGCUCAUCCCCGCAUCCCCGCUUCCCCCCUCCUUCGGCGGUGAGCAGCCUCCUCUGCGGACCCUCGGUCCUCUCGGCCGGGGGUCGUCCGUCUCCCGCGGCUCCCCGCACUCGCCACCUCGGCAACUUUCUCCACCAGAGCCCGGGGCUGGGGGGGUUGCCCUGCCUGGGCGGGUUUCUCCCGGGGUUCCUCGGGGGGCAGCCUCUGGAGGAAGGCUUCAGAGUCCCGUAGAGACGCCCGUCGCCCGCACCCUGCCCUGGGCCGGCCUGCCGUCGGGUCUCCGCACCCUCGCUUCUCCGGUUCCCCCCCACCCCCGACAACCAUGACCGAAAUGAGCGAGAAGGAGAACGAGCCGGAUGACGCGGCCACCCACACCCCCCCGGGGACCGUCUCCGCCCUCCAGGAAACCAAGCUCCAGCGAUUCAAGCGCUCCCUCUCUCUCAAGACCAUCCUCCGCAGUAAGAGUGUGGAGAACUUCUUCCUUCGCUCGGGCUCUGAACUCAAGUGCCCGACCGAGGUGCUGCUGACACCCCCAACCCCACUGCCCCCUCCUUCUCCACCACCUGCAUCCACAGACAGAGGUCUGCCCACUCCAGCACCGUCCCCGUGCCCUGUCCCCCGCCCCCUGGCACCACUCAAACCGGUAAGGCUGCACAGCUUCCAGGAACAUGUCUUCAAGAGAGCCAGUCCUUGCGAGCUAUGCCAUCAGCUCAUUGUAGGAAACUCCAAGCAAGGCUUACGAUGUAAGACGUGUAAAGUCAGUGUCCAUCUCUGGUGCUCUGAGGAGAUCUCUCACCAGCAAUGCCCAGGCAAGACGUCCACCUCCUUCCGCCGUAACUUCAGCUCUCCCCUCCUGGUGCACGAGCCACCACCAGCCUGUGCCAUGAGCAGAGAAUCCCCACCCACUGGAACCAGUGGAAAAGUGGACCCAGUCUACGAGACCCUGCGCUAUGGCACCUCCCUGGCACUGAUGAACCGCUCCAGCUUCAGCAGCACAUCUGAGUCCCCCACUCGGAGCCUGAGUGAGCGGGAUGAGCUGACUGAGGAUGGGGAAGGCAGCAUCCGCAGCUCGGAGGAGGGACCUGGGGACAGCGUAUUUACAGCUCCAGCUGAGAGUGAAGGCUCAGGACCAGAGGAGAAGAGCCCUGGACAGCAGCUCCCCAGGCCGCCCCUGCGGAAGGAUGUGGGCCCCAUGUACUCCUACGUUGCACUGUACAAGUUCAUGCCCCAAGAGAACAAUGACCUGGCUCUACAGCCUGGAGACCGGAUUAUGCUGGUGGAUGACUCUAAUGAAGAUUGGUGGAAGGGCAAGAUCGGCGACCGGGUUGGCUUCUUCCCAGCCAAUUUUGUACAGCGGGUGAGGCCAGGAGAGAAUGUUUGGCGCUGCUGCCAGCCCUUCUCCGGGAACAAGGAACAGGGUUACAUGAGCCUGAAGGAGAACCAGAUCUGUGUGGGCGUGGGCAGAAGCAAAGAUGCUGACGGCUUCAUCCGCGUCAGCAGUGGCAAGAAACGGGGCCUGGUGCCAGCCGACGCCCUGACCGAGAUCUGAUGGAAGCCAAGAAAACCCAGAUGCCACCCCUGCCCAUGCCUGGCCCUUGCUUCUGGCCCAGGAAGGGAGCAGGCAUCCUGGCCAUGCCCUUCCUCCCUCUGCCUCUCUCCUAGGCGCCACCCAUCACAGCUUAGGAAAUUUCUGCACUGAGGAAGGUUUAUUUCUUGGGCAGGGUGCCCUUGAAUGGGUUGAUACUCCUCUGGGACUUGGGAGCAGGGAGGAGAAAGUGGGAAGGAAUAAGGUAGGUCCACCCAGAGCCCAGGUACGCCCAGUCCCCUUGUAAUGCUGAGUCCUACCGUGGGGAGGAUCCUUGCUGUGUCUUCCAGAGACUGUCCACAUGCCUUUGCAUGCCUGACCCACCCUCUCUGUCCACAGAGCCUUUGCUUGGGUCUAUGUGUGUUUGCCCCUUUGCAAAUGGGGCUUUGGGAGGGGGCCUAUCCCUGUCCCUUAGCUCUCUACCCUGGCUCAGGGCCAUAGGAGAGCCCUGAGUCCAUCUCUUGGUCUCACCACCUCUAUCACUCCGUCAAUUCUCAGGAAAGUUCUGCAGGAAUCUCUCCCAUUACUUGAAACCUGGGCAGACAGAACCCGGAAGGGCUGAGGUCUGGGGAGGGGGUGACAAAUAGGAGACUGUCUCUUCAAGGAAGCCCAUCACCACAGAGCAGCCUCGUCAAACUUCGUUUACCAGAAGAGGGUGUCCAAGAACAUCCUGGACACAGAAAUCCAACGAA